AUGACGACUGCGCCAGCACAGCGAAGCUGGGCCAAGCUGGCCCUGCCGCUAGUGCUCUUGGGGCUGAUGGUGGUGGUUGAGGCCACUACCAUGGCAAGCGCGAGCCCCGCUGGAUCAAAGGCAGUCUGGCCCGCGCGUCGAUCGGCCACACCGCCCGAGGUGCAGGUGCAGGCCGUGCAGGGCCUCAUCGGGCGGCUGCUGGGCGCCUCCUACGUGCCCCUCUUCCAGCUUUCCAUCCUGCCCUCCCCUUACGCAAGCUCCUCCACCGACCACGACUACUACACCCUCUCCACUCGCACGGUGGGAGGAGUGACGCAGGUGCAGAUCCAGGGGUCGUCGGGCGUGGCGCUGGCGUCGGGCCUCCACUGGUACCUCAAGUACUCGUGCAACUGCUCGGUCUCCUGGGGCGUGGCCGGCUCCGGCAACAACCUCGCUCUCCCCUCCCGGCUGCCGGCGCUGUCGAAGCCGCUGGCAAUGCAGUCGCCGGUGAAGUACCGGUACUACCUCAACGUGUGCACGCACAGCUAUUCGUCGGUGUGGUGGCAGUGGGAUCGCUGGGAGCAGGAGAUCGACUGGAUGGCGUUGCACGGGAUCAACCUGCCGCUGUCGUCGACGGGCCAGGAGUACGUCUUCGCCGAGGUCUUCAAGGCCCUGGGCCUCAACGACACCGACCUGGAGCACUUUUUUGUCGGUCCCGCAUUCCUGGCGUGGGGCCGCAUGGGCAACAUCCAGGGCUGGGGCGGGCCUCUCGACCCUGCGUGGCGCAAGGCUCAGGCUGAGCUGCAGAAAAAGAUCGUCGAGCGACAGAGAAUGUUCGGCAUGCUGCCCAUUCUCCCCGGCUUCGCCGGCUUCGUGCCCGAUGGCAUCAAGCGGAUCUACCCGACGGCCAACCUCACCAAGUCGGCCGACUGGGCCGGCUUCCCGCACCAAUACACCAACGUCUACUUCUUGUCGCCCCUCGACUCGCUCUACAAGACCAUCGGACGCAUGGUCAUCCGCCGAGUGACGGCCGAGUUCGGGACGGACCACAUCUACAACGCCGACACGUUCAACGAGAUGUCGCCGCCCUCCGCUGACCCAACCUACCUGGCCGCUGCCAGCCGAGCCGUCUACGAGGGCAUGGCGGCAGAGGACCCGCAGGCGCUGUGGGUGAUGCAGGGCUGGUCGUUCGUGUUUGACAAGUUCUGGGAGGACAAGUCGCGCGUCAGAUCCUACCUCAGUGGAGUGAGCGACAAGGACAUGUUAAUCCUCGACCUGGCCUCGGACAACAACCCCGAGUGGAGCAAGACAGACUCGUACUUCGGCAAGGAGUUCGUGUGGUGCAUGCUCCACAAUGGAGGCGGCGUGCGAGGACUGUACGGCAAUCUGACGCAGUACUCGUCGGACCCGCUGCUCGCCCUCGCCACGCCCGGCAACACCAUGCUGAUCUGUGGCACAUGCGAGCAGGUGGGAGUGGGGAUGACGAUGGAGGCCAUCGAGCAGAACCCGGUCGUCUACGAGCUCAUGUCCGAGAUGGGCUGGCGCAGCGAGGCCUUCGACAUCGUCGAGUGGGUGCAGCGCUACGCCGAGCGGCGGUAUGGCCUCGCGGCGGGGUUGUCGUCGGUGGGCGAGGCAUGGGAGCUGCUGCGCGAGGCCACCUACAACCAGUCCGUGAUCGACUAUGGAUGGUUCGGUUUCACACCCGGUCUGGGCAUGGGCUACGGCGGCGUGGCGAAUGCGGCCAAGGAAGUGGAAGCACUACGCCUGUUCCUCCAAUCCGCCCUAACCAAGGGCUACGCUCCCAACGGGCCGUGGCAGUACGACUGCGUGGACCUCACGCGCCAGGUGCUGGCGAACACGUUCAGGGACAUCUACGCGCAAUUUGACGCUGCCUAUUCAGCAUACGCUGCCCAUAAGACAUACACGGUCGACCAGUUGAAAUCUCUGGGGUCUGCGCUGUUGACCCUCAUUGGCGAUAUCGACGAGAUUCUGGCCACCAACCCCAACUACCUCCUUGGCACCUGGAUUCAGAGCGCCCUGUCGUGGGCCGACACGCCGGACCAAGCGCUGCACUACCAGUUCAACGCGCGCAACCAAAUUACUUUGUGGGGACCGGACGGCCAGAUCACCGAUUACGCCACCAAGCACUGGGCCGACCUGGUGCGGUCCUACUAUCAACCGCGCUGGACCCUCUUUAUCACCUCAGUCUUGCAAGCGGUCUACGCCGGACGAGAGUACCGCGGUGAGCUGCUGCAGCUGGAACAAAAGUGGAACCGUGAGAACACGACCUACGCCACCACACCCACGGGCAACACCCUCCAGGUGGCAUACAAGCUCGCCGCCAAGUACCUUGACUUGCCGCGCUUGGCGCCGCGGUACGUCAAGCACGCAGCGAUGGAUGCCUCGGGAGCGGACCUGCUUGCGCACCCGAUGUGGAGCACGGACCUAGCCCAGCUCAUGUGGCUGUGCGACCUCAACCCGCUCUGCCUCGGGUUCAACACCAACGGCUGGCUCAAGGCCGGCGUCUCGCGCCUCGUGCCCAGCUCCGCAGUCGAUCUCUACAUCAAGUCGUCAAGCAGCCAAUGA